AUGGACAUGGCCAACGCCUAUGACAACAGUAUCGACCUCCAACCGCCCCGGGACUUGAUAGGCUACGGCCCGAACCCGCCCAACCCCCACUGGCCCAACAACGCCAAAAUCGCCCUCUCCUUCGUCAUCAACUACGAAGAAGGCGGCGAAUACUCCCUCGUCAACGGCGACACCAGAUCCGAAACCUACCUCUCCGAGAUCGUCGGAGGCUUACCCCGUCAUGGAGCCCGGAAUACGAAUAUCGAGAGCGAGUACGAGUACGGUUCCCGCGCGGGUAUCUGGAGGCUUUUGCGGUUGUUUGGGGAUAAAGGGGUGAGGGGGACCGUUUUCGGGGUCGGGAGGGCGUUGGAGUUGAAUCCGGAGGUGGGGAGGGUGUGUGCGGGGAUGGGGUGGGAGGUUGGGUGUCAUGGGUGGCGGUGGAUUGACUAUCAUGAUGUUCCUGAGACGGAGGAGAGGGCGCAGAUUGAGAGGUGUAUUGACCUGUCCAUGGAUCAAACGGGGCGCGCGCCGACCGGUUGGUAUGUGGGGCGGUUGUCGCCGCGGUCGCAGCUUCUGAUCUUGGAGAUGUAUAGGGAGAGAGGGCUCGAGUUGCUGUGGAUGUCGGAUUCUUACGCGGAUGAUCUGCCGUAUUAUCAAUCCCUUCCACAAUUGGAAACGGGCCUGAGCUCGCGUGAUGCUGGUGCGGGUGGGGAUGGGGAUGGGGAAGGUAGGAACAAGGCCCUGUUAAUACUCCCAUACAGUCUCGACACGAACGACUUCAAGUACCUGAUGCCGCACAAUUGGUCCUCACCGGACGAUUUCUACAACUAUCUCGUCGCGGCCUUUGACGAGUUGUAUGCGGAAGGGGUGGAGGGAAGUCCGAAGAUGAUGUCCGUAGGGUUGCAUGCGCGUAUCAGUGGACGGCCGGGACGGAUAGGGGCGGUGAGGAAGUUCGUGGAGUAUAUUCGCCAGAAGGAAGGGGUGUGGGUCGCGACGAGGGAGGAGAUUGCGCGAUAUUGGUUGGAGGUCCAUCCUUACAAAGGAUGA